CGGCGGGAGGGGCGUGGCCGGGGCUCUGUGCGGGGUGACAGCGCGGCCGCCGCCCCGCACGGCGCCGCCGCCCCACCCGCAUGGAGGGCGGCGGGGAGGCGCUGCCCGCCGACCUGCGGGAGCUGGCCAGCAAGGUGGGACGGCGGCCCCCCGCCGGGCUGCUGCGGGGGCUGCGGGCCGACACCGCCCCCGCACCGCCGGGACCGCCGCUACUGCCCGCACCGGCCCGCGGCGCCCGCCCGCCGCUCGCCGACCGCCUCCGGGCGCUCCGCCUCGAGCUGGCCUACCUACGAGCAGUUGAUGUGAAGAUCCUGCAGCAGCUGGUGGUGGUGAACGAGGGCAUCGAGGCGGUGAAGUGGCUGCUGGAGGAGAGGAGCACGCUGACCAGUCGCUGCAGCAGCCUGGCCAGCAGCCAGUACAGCCUGGUGGAGAGCCAGGCGGCCUCACGGAGGGGCAGCUGGGACAGCCUGCAGGACCCCAACGACAGGCUGGAUAGCAUCUCUGUUGGUAGCUACCUGGACACAUUGGCCGAUGACAUGGAUGAGUAUUCCCAAAAUGCCACUGAAACUGCUGCCACAUCUGUGCCGGGCAGAGCCCUGGUCAGGGCAGAGCAGGAUUGGGUCAGGAUCGACCCUGAGAGGGGUCUUGCAAAGCAAGAAAAGGGCAAAGCGGAACACGAGUGGCCCCAUGAGGACCUCUCCCCGCCUGGGCUUCCCCAGGAUCACCGGUUUGCUAAGGAGCCCCAGGUGGCCAAUGGGUAUUUGGGCCAGCAGCCCCCCGCCCCGGAACCAGGCAGAGACACCAAAUUGCCAUCGGGGGCUGGGGAGAGGCUGGGGAGGGGGAACCCGGGUGGGAAGGCUCGGAAAGCCGAGGCUGACUUCGAGAACUGCAAACUCAACAGCAAACUGCACCUGGAGUAUGAUGCCCACUGGCGCUGGCUCCAGUCUCAGGAUGAUGUGACAUUCUUGUAGCCCAUGGCUUCGCCUUCCCAGUCCAGCUCUCCCAGCUGCCUGCUCUGCUUCACUUGUCUCUGCUUGGGAGAGUUGGGGUGGCUGGAGAUUGGACAACAGGCUGGCUUGGUGGUGUUGCACUGUUCCUCUGACCCCCCCCGUCAGUGUUUGGUGAUGCAGCCCUAAGUAAUGGGGUGCCCACCCCGCGGUGAAUUUCUGGGAGAGGCAGGAUGAAGUGGGUCCCUGUAAAUUUAAUCCUUUGCUCUGGGGUGGUGCUUGCAGGUGGCUCGUCACUCCUCUGUUGUCUUUGACGUUGGUUGCAGGGAGGGGUUCUGAGGAAACCUGGGGCAGCAAAACUCCUGGGACCUCUCCCUGGCUCCACUUCUGCCCUUUAAUCCUCAGCUUCCCAUCUGCAAAAACUGGGGACCCUUCCCCCAAACCGGCUGCCCAGGGAGGACAGGAGAUGCCGCCGUGCAUCCACAGCUCAGUGGCACCAGCAUGCGAGGUGCGGGUCAGACCAUCAGCAGGGUGUCCCUGCUGGAUGUGCUCAUUUCCAUCAUUAUCUUCAAGACCAGUGUCCAUCCAGGGUAGAGUUGACCUGGGACACCUAGGGUUUGGCUGCAGCACAUGGUGAAUGCUAAAACCCCCCUCCCAGCAGGUGAAGCCCUGCCUGGUUUAAAUGCCUCUGUGAAGCCUAUCUGAAGUGAUCAGGGUGGUCACUAUAGCUGCUCCCUUUGGGCUGGGGAGCCUUUGUCUGUGUCCUGCAGAGGAAGGAUGAUGGUGCAGACUUCCCUUCCCGAUGUGAUUACAUGAGAAAGGCAAAACACUGGGUGGGAGAUGGAGAUCCAGUUCUCCCCAUUUGUUUCUAGACUGUCUCCCACCUUGGGACCAGGUCCUGCAGAAACCCUGGGAUGUGGCAGUGUAUGGGAAGCCUGGCAGAGGCUGUGGGGCUCAGACUCAGAAAGGCUCGUGCUUUCCCCUGACUCAGUGUGAUGGGGGUGAUGGCUGGGAUUCUCCAUCUGUGUAAUGAAUGGUGCCAGGUCUCUGCCCCCUACCAGCAACAAAAAACAUGAGGCUUCUCUGCCAGGGUGGAUUUGCAGCAACCCUGCCCUGGAGACAUCUUCUCUGUCCUUUUAGCCUUGGCUUCUGCCUGUGCCUUUUACUCUCCACCCACCAUGCCUCCCAGCACACCCCUUACCCCUCGCUGGCUUGUAGAGCAUGGCUGGCAGCUGGAGCUGUGUGCAAGCUUGGGCAUGACCCAUUCCCUUCACCAGAUGAUGCAGGGAAGGACCUGGGCAUCCCACAGCCCCCUACUUCAAGGAGAGGGGCUCUUCCACAUGUGUGCACAAGCCUGGAGGUUCCUGGCUUCACAACCUGUGGAUGUGCCUGUCCCCAGCCAAGUGCUAUAACAGCUUUGCUUUCACCGCAGUGCUGUUGUUCCCCUGCCUGCGUGGGUUGCAGCCUGGCUGUUUCCUUGCUGGGGUGGUACGAGUGGAGACAACAUCUCCUGAAGUCAAGGGGAAACCAAGAGAGAGGGAAGACCUGGCUGUGACUAUUUCUAGAUGUGAGACGUGAGCUGGCUGUGGUUAGGAAGGCAGUUGGGUGUACGAUGGGUUCAGCUUUGUGCCUCUGAAGCAGCACCUUCAGUGGAAACUACCCUCCGUGCCGAGACCCCGGAGCACCUUCCCUUCCCCCCACAAAUCCUCAGGGCUUCCCUGGAUGGACACAGACAGCAGGACAACAGCCAAAAUUCCUGGAGACAGCACCUGCCAAGGACUUGGGGGGAUCCCAGCAAACCGGGACCAGGCUGCCCUACACGAGCACCCCACCCGCCUGCCCUAGAGCAGCCAUGCUUGGCUUGCUGUCACCUGCAAGCAGCUCACGGCUCCCUGCAUAGCUCCGCCGCUGCUGCUGAGCCACCAUGUACCCCAAGGCCAGCUGUCCCCUGCUUUCCUUCUAGCCCUGCAUGUGAUGAACCAGCUGAGGCUCCCUGGGGCAGAUGGGGUAAGUCCUCCAGCAUGGUUAAAAUCAUUCUUCACAAAAAAUAGCUGGCUUAAUAAAUGGUAGUGUUUCUCACAGGC